CCACUUUUUUUUUUCAUUCCAAUUUUUUCAUAACAUGUACCACUUGUCAAAGGUCGCCCAUCAACGCCUUUUCCCUACAUUGACACGUAACGUUGGUGUUCUUUCCACUGCUUCUCGUGCUUAUAGCCAGGGUGUCAAUGGCCCUGUUAUUGGUAUUGAUUUGGGUACCACUAACUCUUGUGUAUCUAUUAUGGAAGGCAAGAAUCCCAGAGUCAUUGAAAAUUCUGAAGGUGCUCGUACCACUCCUUCUAUUGUUGCAUUCACUAAGGACGGUGAAUUGUUGGUUGGUCAAGCUGCCAAACGUCAGGCCGUUGUUAACUCACAAAACACUGUCUAUGCUACCAAGCGUUUGAUCGGUCGUCAAUUCAAAGACCCUGCUGUUCAAGCUGAUAUUCCCGCUGUUUCUUACAAAAUUGUCCCUCAUUCCAAUGGUGAUGCCUGGGUUGAAGCCAAUGGUAAAAAAUAUUCUCCUUCCCAAAUUGGUGCCUUUGUAUUGGGUAAGAUGAAGGAAACUGCUGAAGGCUAUCUUGGCAAGAAGGUGAAGCAUGCUGUCAUUACUGUUCCUGCUUAUUUCAACGAUGCACAACGUCAAGCUACCAAGGAUGCUGGUAAGAUUGCUGGUCUUGAUGUGAUGCGUGUCAUUAACGAACCUACCGCUGCCGCUUUGGCUUAUGGUCUUGAUAAGUCCGGUGAUUCUACUAUUGCUGUUUAUGAUUUAGGUGGUGGUACCUUCGAUAUUUCUAUCUUGGAAAUCCAAAAUGGUGUUUUCGAAGUCAAGUCUACUAAUGGUGAUACCGCUCUUGGUGGUGAAGAUUUCGAUUCUGAGCUUGUCCGUUAUGUUGUAAAGGAAUUUAAGGAUGAGUCAGGUAUUGACCUUUCAGGUGAUCGUAUGGCUAUCCAACGUAUCCGUGAAGCUUGUGAAAAGGCUAAGAUCGAACUUUCUUCUACUGUUCAAACUGAUAUUAACUUGCCUUAUAUUACUGCUGAUGCCACUGGUCCUAAGCACAUUAACUCCAAGUUGACUCGUGCUAAAUACGAAUCACUUGUUGGAAACCUCAUUCACCGUACUAUUUCUCCUUGUGAAAAGGCUAUGAAGGAUGCCGGUAUUGCUAACAAGGAUGUUCAUGAUGUUAUUUUAGUGGGUGGUAUGUCUCGUAUGCCUAAGGUUAUUGAAACUGUCAAGAGUGUCUUUGGUAAAGAACCCUCCAAGUCUGUUAACCCUGAUGAAGCUGUUGCUAUUGGUGCUGCUAUUCAAGGUGGUGUCUUGGCUGGUUCCGUUACUGAUAUUCUUUUACUUGAUGUCACCCCUCUUUCCUUGGGUAUUGAAACCCUUGGUGGUGUCUUCACUCGUCUCAUCAACCGUAACACCACUAUUCCUACCAAGAAAGCCCAAGUUUUCUCUACUGCCGCUGAUGGUCAAACACAAGUCUCUGUUCGUGUCUUCCAAGGUGAACGUGAACUUUGUCGCGAUAACAAGCUUUUAGGUGACUUUAACUUGACUGGUAUUCCUCCUGCUCCUAAGGGUGUUCCUCAAAUUCAAGUUGAAUUUGAUAUUGAUGCCGAUGGUAUUGUUAAUGUUAGUGCUAAGGAUAAAGCUACAGGUCGUGAUCAAUCCUUGACAAUUGCUGCCUCUUCUGGUUUGAGCAAUGAUGAAAUUGAAAACAUGAUUCAACAAGCUGAAGCUAAUGCUGAAGCCGAUCGUGCUCGUCGUGAAACAAUUGAAAUGGCCAAUCGUGCUGAUUCCGUUAUGAGUGAAACUGAAAAGGCUAUGGAUGAUUUCAAGGAACAACUUGAUAAGACUGAAGCUGAUAAACUUAAGGAAAAGAUCACUGCUCUUCGUGACGAAACAUUGAAGGCUCAAUCCGGAGAUUCCAGCAUUAACCCUGAAGAACUUAAGGCCAAGAUUGAUGAUCUUCAAUCUAGCUCCUUGAAGCUCUUCGAAAUGGUUUAUAAGAAUCGUGCUGCUCAAAAUGAUGCUGGUGCCACUUCCGAUAAUAACAACGCCAAUCCUCAAUAAAUUUAACAAAUAUCCCCCUCCCAACUUUUAUUUUCCUUUCUACCCCAACCUCUUCCCUAUUUCCUUAAAAUCUUAACUCUUGUUUUUUAUAUUAUACAUAUUAUUUUUCAUUUUGUAGAUUAUUUAAAAAGAUUUCUAUUUACAUGUAGACCAGCACUUUUAUAUAAAAAUAAACAUGAUAAUUCAAAUUAA